UUGCAUUAAGUUACCUUGCUUAAUUUGUCAUCCAAGACGGCAAAUCUCCUUCUUUUUUCAUCUGUUUUUAUCCUGAAAUAUGACCAUGGCAUCCACUUACCUUUUCUCCACAUUCAGGCCUUGUUAACUGACAAAUGUCCCAUAUUAGACAUCUCAUCUUCCAUUAUUUACCUUAUCACAACAGUCAUUAAAAGAUGCCCAUAAAUGUAGAACAGGGAUUUCUAAUACAUGUACAUGUAUGUAGAAAUCCAUGUAGGGUCCAGAAGUUUUGCUCUGUACAUUGAUGUAAAUGUUCCUUUUGUUUUUACCAUAUACAUGUACAUGUUUGUUAUCAGUAGUCUGAUUCUUGCUGAUGCGUCUGAAUCAUACAAACUCACAUUCACUUUUCACUUUGCAUCCCAUGUAACUUGAUCCAAGCCUCUGUUGUAAAAUCGUAGAUCAUUGUUGAAUACUUGGAUUUGCUUGGCUCCUCUGAUCAAGUUAAUACAAGAUGGGAGCCUUUGCCAGUUUAUUCAAGGGCCUCUUCAGCAAGAAGGAGAUAAGAAUCCUGGUUGGGCUGGAUGCUGCAGGCAAAACCACCAUCCUGUACAAACUCAAGCUCGGAGAGAUCGUCACCACCAUACCCACAAUUGGAUUCAACGUAGAAACAGUUGAAUACAAGAACAUCAGCUUCACAGUGUGGGACGUUGGUGGUCAGGACAAAAUCAGGCCUCUAUGGCGACAUUACUUCCUGAACACACAAGGUUUGAUUUUUGUUGUGGACAGCAAUGAUAGAGAGAGAAUUGGAGAGGUGCGCGACGAACUCACCACGAUGCUGAACGAAGAUGAGCUACGAAAUGCACAUGUCCUGAUCUUUGCCAACAAACAGGAUCUUCCCAAUGCCAUGACUGCCCAAGAGAUCACCGACAAGUUGAACUUGCAAGGACUACGCGGCCGCCAAUGGUUCAUCCAGGCAACCUGUGCUACGAGUGGAGAUGGAUUGUACAAUGGACUUGAUUGGCUGUCACAAUCACUUACCAGGAAGUAGGCUUUCUUCCAAUAGAAAUGCAGCUUUCAUCAGCAGCCUCCCCUCCCCACACACACACUUUUCCAGGCUUCCCAAGUUGUAAGGUAGGGGUGAGCACUCCGACAUGAUUUCCACAGCCCUCGGGUAUACCUCUAUUUGUGACAAAUUUUUCCAUUUGUUGAGUUUGACAAAUCAUGAAAAUUGAUGGGGGCUUUCACAGGAUAAAAACCUGAGAAAAUUGAGCUUAGAGAAAGAUGGAAUUGGCUAAGCUUUAAAUUUCCCUGUAAUGUUAUUGAUAGACAAUGUAUGAGGUAAUCUUGUCAAGCCGGUGUACUGUAUCGCCUGUACACACAGUUGUCACAAGGAAUAUUGUUGAUCAGAGUUGUUUGAGAUAGACAUACAGGUUCAAGUCUAGUGCCACGAAGAUGUAUAAAUUGUUAACAAAAAUUGAGCUAAAAAGUUUCGUUCACCCAACUUGCAUGAUUAGUUAUUUCUAGACUAUGUUUUGCAAAUUUGCCUUCAUUAAAGUGGGUUAUGCAUUAUUAGUUACAUGUAUUUUACUUGCAGUCAAAAAAAUAAUUUCACUUUUUUCAACCUAAAAGUUCACUUUUGCAACCUAAAUGUACCUGUAUAAGACCGUGUAAAUGUAUGUUUUAUGCCUCCCCAUCAACAGUUAAGCCUCGCCUCUUGGAAAUGAGGAGUAUGUAUGUAAGGUCCAGAGACUUUUCAGACCCUUGAUGGCAGCAAACACAACUGUUUUUUCCUUGGCCAUCUUUCCUCUUAUGUGCACUUGUUCAAACUGAUCCAAACAUUUCAUGGGAAAAGAAUUCUUUAUUGGCUUCCGCCAAUUAUUGCCUGAAGUCCCCUUCAUAGGACUUAACUCGGUAGGCCCAAGUUAUCCAUAGUUGAAUUCAAUAGUCUUUGCAGUGAAAGUGGCCAAAUUUAUCUCAACCUUUUACGUAUAUCAUGAGUAUUUUGCAUACAUACAUUUGCAUAUUUUGUAUAACGUCAAUAGUUCUUCCAUAGGCUGUCAUUUACUUAAUAAGA